AUGUCUGAAAGACGCUUUUCGUUAGCUAUAGAGGACGUGGACUCUUCUGAGUCCCCUGAAUCUCCUCCAAAUAAACCCUUGUCGGGAUUUUUACUUGACAAUCAAAGGCCUCCUUUGACAAAAUCCACCUCUUUUACCCCAGAGUCAAAACCAGAUACUUACUCUCCGCAAAGGAGAUUUUCAAUUUGUGACCUCAAUACUUUUGGCGAAGAAGUGUCAGAGAGGCUUUCAGAGCUGUCCUCAGAGAGGCUUUCACAAGUGUCGUCACCAAGAUCUUGCAGCUUCAAGAACCAUCAUAGGCGAAACUCCGUUGCUAUCAAGUUCCUGCUACCCAGAACUGCCAGUACUACGACCUCCUCAGAGAAUAACUGA